UCACACGGCGUGAUAGUCUCGAGCGGCUGCGGCACAUUUGGGUAACAAUUGGAGGCCACUUCUUUCACUAAUAUCAAGCAACUAAAUAAACCUUUCUAGCAACAAUGGCACUCCCCAGAGUUUUCUUCGACAUCUCAAUGGAUGGCAACUCUACCGGUAGAAUUGUUAUGGAGCUGAGGGCCGACGUUGUCCCCAAGACUGCUGAGAAUUUCCGAGCCCUCUGCACCGGUGAGAAGGGCUUUGGCUACAAGGGCUCCUCCUUCCAUCGUGUCAUCCCCCAGUUCAUGUGCCAGGGUGGUGACUUCACCAACCACAACGGAACUGGUGGCAAGUCCAUCUAUGGCACCAAGUUCGAGGAUGAGAACUUCAGCCUGAAGCACGGAGGAAUGGGCACUCUGUCCAUGGCCAACGCCGGACCCAACACCAACGGUUCCCAGUUCUUCAUUUGCACUGCUGAUACCAAUUGGCUGGAUGGCAAGCACGUCGUCUUCGGUAAGGUGGUCGAGGGCCUCGACGUCGUCAAGAAGAUGGAGGGCAAGGGGAGCUCAAGUGGAAAGACCAGCGCCAAGAUCUGCAUCGCCGACUGUGGCCAGCUUUGAGUGGCGUCUACUCCGUUUCAACCCUCCAAUCGCCCUGACAGCCCUAGCCUUUCCCUCCUUCCCCCUUCACCCAGAUCCCUGUUUACUGGCAUUCCGGUUCAUGUACAUUUUAUUUUUUUUGUCUGUUUUGUUUUCUAAAGAGCUACCACCUACUCCCUUAUAAUGAAAACACUUGUUCCAUGUUUGAUUUGUGCCUGGCCAUGUUUUUGUGCAUUAGGAAUGUCUCUUCAGGACCACAAUUGUCUAACAAAGAAUCAGGAUUAAACGUGGGAACAAGUUUCCUUAAAGAUCAAAUUGCCUUUGUUUAUUGGUUUUUGUGGAAACUGUUAGUGUCAAAUCUUUGUACAAUGGUUAGAUAUCUUUUUGAGCUGUCUUGUGUAAACCAUAGAAUUCUGUAGCUUCCCAUAGAAACAGAAUUUGAAAUAAAUGCAACCUUGGAACAUC